AUGUCAAGUCAAACUGGACAUUCAACGUCUACAUCAAAUACUAGUCCUGGACAUGCAAGUAUUGAAGCACGUGAACAUGUGGCUGCAAUUACAUCAAAAGCUGGAAUGGCUAGAAAACAUGCCGAAGAUGUAUGGAAUCGUGUUGAUCAUCUACUUCAUUUAAGAUUAGCUGUUGUUUCAAUGGAAGCAGAAUUGGACCGUAUUGUUGAUUGGUUUGUCAAGACUGGUGAACCUCGUUUUUCCGAUAUACAAGUUGGAACAAGCUUAUCGGAAUGUCAAACAAAUCUAGAUAGAUUAAUGAUAUUAACAGAUGAAGUACAUGAUUUACAACGUGCCCAUUCAUAUUUAACACAAAAUCUUCAUCAAGCAACAACUACAGACUCAUGGCGUAGAAAACGUGAAAAAAGUGUAUCUGAAAUAUUACGUGUACAAGAACAAGAAUUAGGUAUCCAUUCUACAUCAUUGAAUAUGAAUGUUGAUAAUGAAAUGGAAUUACAAAGUAUUCAUGAUUCUGAUACAUGGCGUGUAACACAUGGUGCAUAUUCUGAAUUAAUUACACGAUUGAGAACUACAGAAUCUUAUAUUUUGGAAUUUUUAGAACGAAUUGAAAACAAAAGACGUCAAUUACAUACUAGUGUAAUUUAUUAUAGUGAAAUCAAUGUGAUUCUUAGUCAAAUCUAUCAACUUGAAGCGGAUAUGAAAAAAACACGAGAUCUUCAACAGAUUGGAUUAGAAGAAAUUUAUUACAAUAGAUUAACUGAUAUAGAAGUACGAGUACCUGGAUUAAAACAAACAUUGAAUGAAUUAAACACCAAUUAUAAUGACAGAAUUAGAAUGUCGAAUUUAAGAACACAACUUGGUGUUAUAGUAAAAUCUGGUCCUCAUGAAUUUGAACUCAAUUCCGUUGCAGCAGCUUCAAUAAAUGGAAAAAUGCGUGAAGUUGAUGAAGGCAUUGCUAGAUGCCGAGAUUUGCUUAAUCAACAUAAGGAAUUAAAUAUAAAAGUGCAAAAACGUGAAGAAACAGAAUUUCGUCUGAAUGAACUGAGCAUGUGGUUAAGUCAAAGGAUCUAUCGUUCGCUUGUGGAACAUGGAAGGUGUGGUACAACACUUGAACAAGUAGCUGAUUUUGAAGAUGUACAUCAUCGUCUUCAACGUGAGCUCCAAUCUAGAGAACCUGAGUUAGAAGAAUUGAGAAUAGCGAUUAGUCGAUUAUCUCCAACUUCUGGUAAAUCAAGCUCACAGGAUCGUUUAAAUGAACUAUCAUCUUGUUGGACACGUUAUAGGCAAAUUAUUCAAUUACGAUUAGAAUUAUCUCAUCAAUUCUCAUCUUUAUUAAAACGUAUACGUGAAAAUGACAUACAAUUUAAUGCAACAAUUCAGAAAAUGAAUGAAACUGAUAACAUGAAAUUAAUAACUACUGGUUUAGAUUUUCAUCCAGAUUGGAUAGUUGGUAGUUCGAAUACACCACAAAUAGCUGAACGUAUACGAAAUGAAUUCAAUAUGACUACAAGCAAUUUAGAAGAAGAACAAAGUGUAAUUCGUCAAUCCAUUAACCAUAUUACUCAAAGAGCUGAUCAAGAUCUUCAGAUAACUGAAACAGUACAUUUUUGUCAAGUUCAAUUAGAAUUAAAUAAUAAACGUUUAAAUCAAUUACGUAAUUCUUGGGAUAAUUGUCAACAAUUAUGGAAUCAAUACAAACUUGCUCAAGAACAAUGGAAAAUAUUUACAGAAACAGCUUAUCGUUUGGAUGAAUCAAUAACAUCAUCACUAUCACGUAUGUCUAGAACACCAUUAUCAAAUCAGCCACAUGAACUUGCUGAAGCUCUAAGAGUUCAUCAUAAUGAACGCAAUGAAAUUGAUCAUUUAACAAUGAAUUUAAAAACAAAAGCUCAACAAUUAGGAAAUAUGAUUGGUGCUCAACCAGAUGAUCAUGACUAUAACAGUCAAGGUUGGAGAUUUAUUGAAAUACCGAAUAAAUUAACUUCUGGUCUACCAUCAUCAACUAUGGGAAAACGUUUACGUUCAGAAAUGUGUUUACAAUUAGCUGGCUUAGAAACAAGAUGGAAAGCAUGGGAUAAAGCAUGGACAUCUAGAAGUAUACAACUGGAACGACGUGGUACACAUUUCAGACAUUUAACAACUAUUGAAGAAAUAGAAGCGGAAAUUAUUUUAGCUGAGAAAAAAUUACAACAGAUUAUGGGAAUGGUCUCAUUAACUGCACCAUUAGCACUUGUUCAAAAUGCUGACAGAGAUCUUAGUCAAAUUGAAGCUGAAUUACCGGUUUUGCACAGUCGAAUACGUUCUAGUGCCCCAGACAUGAAAUUACAAUUAAUUCAAGGUGAACCAUCACCGACGGAAUAUACUGGAGCAAAUAUUGAUUUGCUAAAUGUUUCAAAACGUCAUGAACAACUGGAAACACGUUUAACAAUAUUCACACAAGAAACUGUACGAUGUCGUACUGAAAUUAGUUUAACUCUACGUUUGCUGAAUGCUGUGGAUAUGGCACAGAAAGCUUUAUCACAGAUAACAUUUAGUUUGAAUCGUAUUAAACAUCAACUACCAGAGAUUUCUGCAGAAAAUCGUUAUCAGAUGGAAGAGAUACGUGUUGAUAUAUCAGAACAAAUUAAUAGAGGGCGUGUACUUGCUGAUACACAUAUACCAGUCUUGGAACAAUUAGCUAUUCAAUAUCCACGUCCUAUGGAAGCAAAACAAUAUAUACAACCAAUUAUCAAUGAAUUUCAAUCGUCUAUUAAUAAUUUAACACAAAUAUCAGAUGAAAUACGUGUAAGAACAGAACAAUGUAUUAAUUUACAACGUUUACAUCCAACACAAGUCAUUGAUGAUCAAAUCAAAUCAACAUCACUUUCUAUGCCAGUGAAAGCAAAACCACCGUCAAUUAUUAAACCAUUGGAAAAUAUAACUACAGAAGAAGGUAAAAAGAUUAUUAUGGAAACAAUUUUUGAUUCUGGUCUUCCACCAGAUGCCAACCCCUAUGAUAUUAAUCAGCUACAAGUAACUUGGUACAAAGAUGGAAUACCUGUAGUUACACCAGAUUAUGAAGUCAGCUUAACACCGAAUAAGGCAAGUUUGAAAAUAUCUGAAACUUUAAAUGAAGAUAAUGCGAUAUUCACAUGUUCUAUCAGUACACCAUAUGGUAAAGCUGAGACAAAAUGUACUUUAAGCAUCAUUGAAACACAUAGUCCAAUACCGGUUAGUGAAGCUUUAGUUCAACCAACUCAAAAUGUAAGACAACAAAAACCUAUUCGUGAAUUGGGUGAACCACCUGAAUUUAUCAAACACCUACAAUCGAUGCGUAUCAAUGAAACUAGUGAAAUUGUAUUAGAUUGUCAAGCUGUUGGUUUACCUGUACCAUUUUUAUCAUGGUAUAGAAAUGGUCAAUUAAUUGAUCAUAAUCCGGAUUUUAAAAUUACUCAACUAGCUGGAUCAGGAAUAUUAAGGAUUCCACAAUGUCGUCUGAUGAAUCAUUCAGGUGAAUAUUUAUGUCGUGCUACAAAUCCAUUUGGAGAAUGUUCAACAACAUGUCAAGUGGAUAUCAAUCCUGCUCAACCACCAAUAAUUAUUCAACCAUUACAAAAUGUUAAUCUUAAAAUUGGUGAUAGGCAUAAAUUAACAGUUCAUUAUAAGAGUGAACUUCCAGUUGAAGUAGAAUGGUAUCAUAAUGAUAAACCGAUUCAAGGAGAGGUGGGUCGUCGACGUAUUACAAUGGAAUUUAAUAAUAUGGUUAGCUUACAUCUUCUUAUGGUUUCUGAUUUAGAAGAAGGAAAGUACAGCUGUACAGUUCGUAAUUCAGCAGGUUCAACUUCAACAAGCUGUAAUGUUACUGUUCAACCAAUCGAUACAAAUCAAUCUUUAUUACCGUCACAAAUGAUGCAUCGACUACCAGCUUCACGACGUAGAAGAGAUGUACAAUCUGAUUUAGAUGAAGUAUUUGAACCAGUUAAAAUACCACGAAUAAUUCAGUCACCGACUGCCAGAGUCAUAGAAGAACAAGUGACUCCAGUCAGUUCAGUUCAAGAAGUUUAUCCGGAUACAACUUCGAAAUAUAAUCGAAGAGCUGUUUCAGUACCACCUACAACAACAGCCUCUAUACCUUUAAGAAUACAAACAAAUACUACACAAUCACGCCCAUUAUCAGAUUAUGGCAGACCACCACAAUUUAUUCAACCAUUACAAAAUGCUGGAGUGAAUGGAUCGGAAAAAAUCAAAUUAGAAUGUGAAGUUACCGGGCUUCCUGCACCACAAGUUACUUGGCUUAAAAAUGGUAUCCCAUUACCUCAAUCAAAAUCGUAUGCAACUAAAGAGAUUGGACAAUAUUAUUGUUUAGUCUUUUAUGAUGUAUUUCUUGAAGAUCAAGGUGAAUAUACAUGUGUUGCUGAAAAUCCUUAUGGAAAAGCGUUUAGUUCAUGUAGAAUGGAUGUUGAACCGAUUCGUACAGAUGAACAAUCAGCUGAUUGUGUACCAACGUUAGUGAAACCAUUACCGCCAAAUUUAUCUGUUGCAGAAGGUGGAUCAGUUGAAUUAACAUGUCAGUUCACUGGUAGACCGUUACCUUCCAUAGUAUGGCUCAAAGAUGGUAAACAAACACAAUCUUCAACUAAUUUUCAGACAUUUCAAGAUGCUGGCUUCGCUCGACUUUAUCUACCAAAAGUUGAAAAAGAUAAGUCUGGUUUAUAUGAAGCUAUCGCAACUAAUCCAUUAGGUAGUUGUUCUACCACAAUGUACAUGGAAAUACUUCCGUCUAUAAGAACAUCGAUCGAUUUAUUGCCAUCAAUUUCACCAGUGAUUAGUGGAAGUUCACCAGAAUUUACACGAAUAUUCAAAGAUGUUUAUAUUGAAUCUGAACGUUUAGAAGAAGUAGUACUUGAAUGUUCAGUAGUUGGUGUCCCAACACCGAUAGUAUACUGGACACAUAAUGGAACAUUUAUCCAACCGAAUGACCAGCGUUUUGCUAUUGGCCAAGGACCUGGACCGAAUGAUCAUUUUUUAGUUAUUCGACGACCAGGACCAGAAUCAACAGGUCGUUAUCAAGCUAUAGCAGAAAAUGUUCAUGGCAGAGUUACCUGUUCAGCAUUUAUAAGUCCUAUUGGUUACAGUCAAACAAUAAUUAAAAGACCUCCAUCUACGAUGAGUUUAACAAGGCACACAUUUAAACGACAAACUUGUCCUCGUGAAACAUCAUUGCCACCUUCACCGGCAAGUACUGCUCCAAUCAUUUCGCCACAACCAUUUCCCACAGUUCAGUUAACUUUAUCACCAACACGAUUUCAACGAGAAACAUCAGCUCCACCGUCACAAUACUAUUUAACAAGACACCAUUUACAAAUCAGACCAAGGCAACCAACACCACCAGUUCAGCUUACUUUUUCGUUACCACGCAAAGAACAAUCAUUAAGUCGAACAGAGAUAAUACGGCCUAUUGAAAGUCAAUUAAAACUACAAGGUCAAGUAAAGCAUUAUAGCAGUACACAACAUUUAUAUAAAAAACAAAUUACACCAAUUGUACCAAAUAUUGAAACACGUUAUUCACGACGUGUUGCUAGUCAACCACGACUUUCCCCAGGUUAUUCAUCAGAAGAAGAACAUGAGCAUAGUAUGUCAGUUGUACCAAUGGUACGUCAUUAUAAAACUCGUAUGGAACGAAAUAUGGUAGCUAGACCAUAUAUCAUGUCUGGUUAUAGUUCUGUAAAAGAACACAAACGUACUCUACAUAUUACACCAAUGAGACGUGAAUAUCAAACAUCUUUAGAGCAUAAUAUACCAGCUAGGCCAACAUUAGAAAAAGGUUAUGUAGCUGAAGAAGAACGUGACUAUGAAAUGAAUGUAGUACCGAUUGUACCCCAUACGGAUUAUAAAACAGAAUUGACAACUGAUAUUUAUAGUAAGCCAGAGCUGACUCCAGGUUAUACUACAGAAACUGAGCAUAUUCGAUCAAUUGUAGUUACUCCAUUAGUACCAGAAUAUCAUACAAAAAUGGAACGACAAAUAACAAGUCAUCCAAUUCUCGAAGCAGGUUAUUCAUCAGAAGAAGAACAUGAACAUAAAUUGGAUGUAGUGCCUAUGGUUACUUCAUAUAAAACGGAACUGAACGCUGAUGUAGCUUCAAAACCAGACUUGAUGCCUGGAUAUGCUGUUGAAACUAAACAUCCUAUUAAACUUGAAGUUACGCCUAUAGUACCAGAAUAUCGUACUGAAUUAGAUACAAAAGUUGCUAGUCAUCCAUAUUUAGAAGAAGGUUAUACAUCAGAAGGUGAACAUGAGCAUCAAAUGGAACUUGUUCCAUUAGUACCUGAAUACAAAACACAACUAUCAACAGAUUUGUCAGCUAAAACUGAUGUGAUUAGUGGAUAUGAAAGUCGAUUACAUUAUGAAAAAACCUAUCUCAUGGAAACGCAAUUAAAACAAUAUGAAUCGGCUAUUUCAACUCAUCUACCAAGUAGGCUCUCAUUAACAUCAAUAUUUGAGUCAACAUAUGAACAUGCAACAAAUAUGAAUAUUGUUCCUGUUGUACCACAAAUUGAACAUCAUACAAGUCAAUUGAUGACUGAUUUCUAUGCUAAAUACCGUCCAGUUGAUGUAAUUGUUGAAGUGCCUAUUCCACCAGAGUUUGUAAAACCGCUAACGAACGUAGUGGCUGAUGAAGGAGCAUGUGUUAUUAUAGAAGGUCUUGUCAAUGGCACACCAGAACCUAAGAUAUCAUGGUACCGUGCUGGACGUCCAUUAUCUGAUGGUCCUGAUUUCCGAUUAGAUUAUACAAAUAAUCGUGUACGACUAACACUCAGUGAAGCAUUUCCUGAUGAUGCUGGUGAAUAUACUUGUGAAGCUGAAAAUAUUGCAGGUCGAGCACAAAGUACUGCAAACUUAAUAGUACGUGGUCGUUUAAUGACACCGAGAUUUAUUAAAGGACUUGAGAAUCAAGUUAUAUACGAAAGAGAGUCAGUUCGAUUGAUUGUAAAAGUAGAUGGGCAUCCACCGCCAAAAGUUACAUGGACUCGUGAUGGUCAUGAAAUAACAAGUUCUCCUAAUUACAUACUUGAAUGUGAAGGUGACGGUAUUUAUGCACUCAGUAUACCUGAAGCAUUCUUUGGAAAUUCUGGUCGUUAUGCUGUAGUUGCUGAGAAUCCAGCUGGGAAAUGUAUUUCUUCUGGUUUGUUAACUGUUUUAGAACCAGAAAGACCUUAUCCUCCUGAAAUAGAUAAGUUGUGUCUGAGCCAGUUAACAGUGCAAGUAGAAGGUUUGCAACAAGUUCGAAUACCAUCACCAGAACCUCAACCGCAUCCAGAGAAACCAUAUUUCACAAAGAUCUUCAGUCCAGAAAUAGAAAUAUAUGAAGGUGAACGAUUGGUUUUAACAGCUGAAGCUUGUGGCAAUCCACUACCAUUCAUUAAAUGGUGCUUCAAUGGACAAUCUUUAAUUGAUAGUCCAGAUCAUCAACAAACUCAAACUGGACCACCUGUGUCCGAUGUGAAUGAAUUACAACCUCAUCCAGUAGUAAUGACGGGACAUUUAGUUAUGAAUGAACUAUUCCCAGAAGAUUCUGGUCUUUAUACAUGUAUAGCUGAAAACAUAGCGGGUCAGGCAGAAGUUAUGGCUAAUAUAAGUGUUUUAACAAAACCCAUAAGUGAUACAACAAAACGAACCAUUCAACCGCCGGAGUUUGUUAAAUUCCCAGAAUCUCCAGUCAAAGUUCAUCCUGAUCAAGAAUUGAUUCUGGAAGUGGAAGUUAAAGGUUUACCUCUGAAUUCACUAAACUGGUAUCAUAAUGGCAUAAUAGUACAUAAUAAUCCAAAUCAAUUCAUUCAAAAUAUACCGAAUACAGGGAUUACAAGAUUGAUAAUUGGACAAAUUCAACUAAAUGACCAAGGAGAAUGGUUAGUGACAGCUACAAAUCCAGCUGGUUCAUGUUCGAAAUGUCUUCAAAUUAUAUGUGAAGAGCCUAUGUUCAUUCAGCCAGAACCAGUUGUUCAUACUGAAUAUGAAUUGAAAUUAAGUUAUCCAUCAAUGGAUGUGAUUGAUUUACAAUAUACUGAUAAACAACAAAAUAUAUUUAUACAACCAGAAAUGACUCCACCAAAUUUCAUUGAACGAUUCCCUAGUGAAAUUAAAAUAAAUACAAAAACACCAUUAUCUAUACAUGGUCGAGUUAUUGGUAAACCGAAACCAAACAUAAAAUGGUUUAAAAAUGGAAAGCCAUUAUAUCCAGACGAAAGAAUAAAUUAUUAUCUAUUGGACAAUGGUGAAGUGGGAUUGGAAAUCUUGGAACCAACUGAAGCUGAUUCUGGUAUGUAUGUAGCAUCAGCAGAGAAUCCCGCAGGAGAAGAUCAUUGCAUUGUUAAUCUAACCGUUGUAUCGCUACCCAGCGUCGUCCAAACAGGCCAACCACCAGUAUUCUGUCGUGGUCCUCUUCCUUGGUCUCCAACGGAAACUGGUCCACUGAUCACCUGUCCUGGUGUGUUAAACUUACAAGAAGGUCAGACUGUUCGUUUAGAAGUUGAAGUAAUCGGCAAACCAGUGCCUACAGUAUCUUGGUUUAUUAAUGGUCAUCCGAUUCGUAUGGAUAAAACGCAUAAGAUCGUCCCCAUGCGUGCAAAUGUAUGUUCACUAAUACUAGACACACCACUACCUAACACUGACUCUGGUGUCUGUAGCUGUAUUGCUUCUAAUCAAUUUGGUCAGGCUGAACUUCGAUUUAAUAUACAUGUCGAAGGUAAACCACAAACUAUUCCACAGACUCCUCGCUUCAUACAAAAACCUCCUGCUCAAUUAAUGGUACCACUUAAUGAAGAAGUUAUACUGUAUGCGGUUGCAGAAGGUACACCUCAACCAGUAUUAUCAUGGCAUAAAGAUGGAAAAUUAUUCACUGGUACAUCAGAUGGUCGUAUUCAGAUUUCAACAAAUCAACUAGAAACAACACUUCAUAUUGCAGCUUUAAAAUCUGAAGAUUUAAGCACAUGGCAGUGUUUAGCUGCGAAUGUUGCUGGGACUGCUUCAGCGAGAACAAAAAUUUCAGCACCAAUUGAAGAGAAACCUAAAGAAAUAGCCCGAAAGUGUAGUAUACCAAAGAAACAACCUGAAGGUCUGCAAGAAAUAACCUCUCCUAAUCCAAUAAUUAUGUCACCACCACAAUCAAUAUGCAUAAAUGAAGGUGAAAAUGCACGGUUUACGGCUCAUAUUGUAGCAAAUCCACCACCAUUGGUAACAUGGUAUGUCAAUGGUCAACCGGUACCUCCCUAUGGAGUUGUUCAAAGUCAACAACCAGAUAAUGAAGAGAUACGAUAUUUUAGUAGAUUUGAUGGUCUGAUUUACUAUUUAGAUAUGCAAAAAUGCAAACCUAAUGAUGCUGGUGAAAUAGUGAUUGUAGCUCAACGAAGUGAUAUUUCAACACAAGCAGUAAAUGUUGAACCAAAUGCUGUUGUCAGCGCAUCUGCUAAAUUGGAGGUGAUACAAGCAGUUGAUUUACGUGCACAACUCAAACCCAUAGCAAAACCAUCUACUGAAAUAAUGCCUGAAAAAGUUGUACCAAUACAAGAAGGUCCUGUAAUGCGUGCACCACGCUUCUUGAAGUUUUUACAACCUAUAACUGUUCCUGAAUCUUCAGAAAUAACGUUUUCCGUUGAAUUUGAUGGUGAACCGAUACCUGAAGUGAUUUGGACACGUGAACAAGUUGAUAUUGAACAUAAAGAAAAUUAUAAAAUAACAACAACUUCUACAACUAGUCAACUUGAAAUUUCAAAAGUUCUUUUAGAAGAUACCGGAAACUUCUCUGUUACACUGCGUAAUCCAGCUGGACAGGCUUGUAGUAAAUCAAGGCUUACAGUGACACAAAUUAAAGUAUCAGGAAAAGCUCCUGAAUUCAUACCACCAUUAAUACAAUCGCAAAUUGUGCAAGCUGGAGAACCAAUUACAUUUGAAUGUCAGGUUACUGGUGUACCAACACCACAAGUUCAUUGGGAACGAAACGGAGAGCGAUUACCUCUAAAAGAUCUUGAACAUAUACGUGUAUUUGAUGCACCACCGUUUCAUACACUUGUAUUAUGUGAAACUGUACCAACGGAUUCUGCUGAGUAUCGUUGUGUAGCAAUCAAUGCUCAUGGACAGUCAAUUUGUAAAGCAAAUGUUACUGUUGAAGCUCCAUUACAAACUGCUCCACAGUUCGUUAAACCUUUACCUACUGGGAUAUUAGAAGUAAAAGAAGGUGAACGAGUGUUCUUAGAAGUUGAAGUUUCAGGAGAACCUAUGCCUCAUAUCGAUUGGUAUCAUAAUGGUCGAUCUUUACAACCUGGAUCAGUUUGGAACGUUAAAACGGACAGAUAUAUUUCUCAACUUGAAUGUAAUGUAAUCUCUAUGAAAGAUGGUGGAGAAAUUCUUGUUCGGGCGACUAAUUCAAUUGGGGAAACAACGACACAAACAAAAAUGGUGAUAAUCCGAAAAGAACCAGAGCUAACACCACCAGUCUUUCAAAAACGUCUCCAACCUCGAGUCAAAAUACCUGAGCAUCACACUGUCACGUUGGAAUGUUCAGUCAAUGGAUAUCCGAAACCGACUUUACGAUGGUUUCAUAACGGUGUAGAGUUUGAACCAGUUUUAUUAUCAUCCCUUUCUCACAAAGCGAUGGCUAAAAAAGAAUUAUAUGUUGAUGAGGCAACUCAUACAUAUACACUAUACAUACACGAUUUAAACGCUUUUGAUAUUGGCGAGAUUAUGGUACGUGCAGAGAAUGAAUUCGGUGUGACUAUGUGUAGUAGUGUAUUAGAAUUAGAAAUUGUUGAUGGUAAAAUUGUGAAACCACGAUUUAUUCGUCAACCACCAGAAAGAAUUGAAUUACAACCUGGAGAUAGUGCUAGAUUAGAAUGUGAAGUUGAAUCAGAACCACCUGUUGCAUUUAAAUGGUAUUUAAAUGGAUUACAAUUGGAUCAAUCAACUAAUCAGUUCAAAUUAUUUGAAGAUGUAAAUCGUUCCACUCUUUUAAUUCCAUCUGUUCAACGAGAUAUUCUUCCUAGUGAAGUGACUAUUGAAGCUGCUGGUCAAACUGGCACAAAAAUUGUGACAUCUUCCAUUUUAGUAAUGACAGCUAAAACAGAUGAUUUAACAGCGCCUGAACCACCUGAAUUACGUUUUAGUCGACAACUUCCACCAAAUUUAGCCUACAGUGAAAUGGAUGAAUCAAUAAUUUUGGAUGUAGAAGUUGACAAACCAGAAAUAUCAUCUGUUGAAAUACCUAAACCUACAUUUAGUUGGUUUAUGAAUGGAAUCGAUAUAUUUUUAUUACCACUGGAAAAGAAACCUGAACGUUACAAUAUUUCACAUGAUAAUCCUUGGCAUAGUCGAUUAACUAUUAAUAAACCUGGUACAUGGGAUUUCGGUGAAAUCACUUGUAUGGUAACACGUUUAACUGAUACAAAAGAAGAAAAAAUUUAUACCUCAUGUAAUCUUGAACUUACUUAUCAACCAGUCAAAUCAGAUGAAACAUCUAAACCAAUUGUAUCAAAAGUUGAAUUUGCACCUCAAUUUAUUCAAGGUUUACCAGAAAAAUUAACACCAGAAGUUGGUUCAACUGUAGUAAUGGAUAUUAUAUUAAAAUCAAAUCCAUUACCUAAUGAUAUUCAAUGGGUAAUAAGUUCACCACUAACAGCUGAAAGAUUUGAAUUUUUCGGUCCAGACCAAAUGGAUAGUGAUAAUGUUGGUGAGGAUGCUGAAACAACAUUACAUUAUCGUGCUAUAUUACACGAUUAUCAACCUGAUAAAGAUGAUCAUACAAUGUUACAAAUGAUUGCUAUAUCUCCAUUAGGACAAUCUACUUCAACAUGUUAUAUACAACCUAAAGAACAACAACAAACUGUCAAUGUACAAUUUGAUAAAACAUUAAAUUCACAAUUAGAAGUUGUAUUAGAUCAAUCAUUACAAUUAGAAUGUUCUAUAGUACCAACUACUAUACCAGUUGAAUUUCAUUGGUAUGUUAAUGAUUCACAAAUUACUCCUGAACAUAUAUUAUAUGAAAUAAAAACUAAUGAAUUUACAUCAAUUUUAGAAAUUCCUAAAAUUAAUUCUGAAAUGUUAGGUACUAUUAGUGUAUCAGUAUUUCAUCCUUAUGGUGAAUUAAAAAGUUCUUGUGAAUUAUAUACUGUAUCUGAAGUUCAUCUACCUAUUGUUGAAGAUUCAAUCACUGAAUUGCCAUCAACACCAGAAAUGCUAACAAUUGAAUCCAAAAUAAAUGAACAAGAACAUGAGUUUAGUUUUACUAAACCUGUUCGUUAUGAAAUCCGUCAAAAUUCAAGUGAAGAAUAUAUUCUAGAACUAGAAUGUCAGUUGAUGACAGACCAACAACCUUUAUCUAUCAAAUGGAGUCAUGAAGGUAUUGAAUUAAGUAUGUCUGAUCGCAUAGAACAGGCCUACGAAUAUGAAAGUGGUUUAGCUAAACUUAUCAUACACAAUGUUACACCUCAAGAUAUGGGUGAAUACACUUGCAUUGCUACUAAAGCUACUACGGCAACUGCAAACGUUGAACCAAUACAUAAAACGAUAACUACAAGUACAGUUGUGGAUAUAGAAGUUCCACAAACAACGGAGAUUGAGCCAACAGUAACUGAGAAGGUUCUCACCUUCUUACAACCAGUCACACCAAAUGUCCAUAUCGUGCAAGACCAUAAGGAUCUUGAAUUGGAAUGUCAAAUUCAAGCAGAUUUGAAGCCUGUUGAAGUUAUCUGGGAAGUAGAUGGCAAGGAAUUAACUCAAUCUGAUCGUAAUGAAAUGAUCUAUUUUGAAGAUCGUGGAAUAGCUUGUCUAAAAGUGCAUGAUGUGGUUCCAUCGGAUUCUGGUGAAUAUACUUGUAAAGUUACUGGUCAGGUGAUUGAAGCUGAGACCAAACAACAAAUGACUAAAACCAUUUCAUCUGGUUCAAUUGUUACAAUUGAAGUUCCACAAACAACGGAGAUUGAGCCAACAGUAACUGAGAAGGUUCUCACCUUCUUACAACCAGUCACACCAAAUGUCCAUAUCGUGCAAGACCAUAAGGAUCUUGAAUUGGAAUGUCAAAUUCAAGCAGAUUUGAAGCCUGUUGAAGUUAUCUGGGAAGUAGAUGGCAAGGAAUUAACUCAAUCUGAUCGUAAUGAAAUGAUCUAUUUUGAAGAUCGUGGAAUAGCUUGUCUAAAAGUGCAUGAUGUGGUUCCAUCGGAUUCUGGUGAAUAUACUUGUAAAGUUACUGGUCAGGUGAUUGAAGCUGAGACCAAACAACAAAUGACUAAAACCAUUUCAUCUGGUUCAAUUGUUACAAUUGAAGUUCCACAAACAACGGAGAUUGAGCCAACAGUAACUGAGAAGGUUCUCACCUUCUUACAACCAGUCACACCAAAUGUCCAUAUCGUGCAAGACCAUAAGGAUCUUGAAUUGGAAUGUCAAAUUCAAGCAGAUUUGAAGCCUGUUGAAGUUAUCUGGGAAGUAGAUGGCAAGGAAUUAACUCAAUCUGAUCGUAAUGAAAUGAUCUAUUUUGAAGAUCGUGGAAUAGCUUGUCUAAAAGUGCAUGAUGUGGUUCCAUCGGAUUCUGGUGAAUAUACUUGUAAAGUUACUGGUCAGGUGAUUGAAGCUGAGACCAAACAACAAAUGACUAAAACCAUUUCAUCUGGUUCAAUUGUUACAAUUGAAGUUCCACAAACAACGGAGAUUGAGCCAACAGUAACUGAGAAGGUUCUCACCUUCUUACAACCAGUCACACCAAAUGUCCAUAUCGUGCAAGACCAUAAGGAUCUUGAAUUGGAAUGUCAAAUUCAAGCAGAUUUGAAGCCUGUUGAAGUUAUCUGGGAAGUAGAUGGCAAGGAAUUAACUCAAUCUGAUCGUAAUGAAAUGAUCUAUUUUGAAGAUCGUGGAAUAGCUUGUCUAAAAGUGCAUGAUGUGGUUCCAUCGGAUUCUGGUGAAUAUACUUGUAAAGUUACUGGUCAGGUGAUUGAAGCUGAGACCAAACAACAAAUGACUAAAACCAUUUCAUCUGGUUCAAUUGUUACAAUUGAAGAAGUCGUGCAGAAGGAAGAUCAACUCAUCCCACCGAUUUUCGUUAAUGAGUUAACACCAUUAAACAUUUCUGAAGGUGAAGAAAUCUACUUAACAGCUACUGUUAGAGGAAAUCCACAACCCGUGGAAGUGAUUUGGAAACAUAAUGGAAAUAUAAUUAACCAAGAUGUGACUGAUGUUGUAAUGUUUUAUACACCAGGAACAGGGGUUUGUGAAUUGACAAUAUCUGAAGCAUUUCCUGAAGAUUCCGGAAUUUAUUCCGUUGAAGUACAAAAUACUCUUGGUAUGGCGAUUAGCCAAACAGAAGUAGUUGUGCAGGUAGAGGUAAGGAGGGAAGAGUCUACAAAUUUAAAAUUGGAAGAUCAGAUAAUAGAUGUUGAUGAUGUUUUGAAUGUUGUGACUGAUAUUUCAGAUGAUAAAGCAGUUGUAUCCACAGUUGAAGAUGUAGAGAUAAAAAAACAAGAAGUUAUUGUCGAUAUAGUCCAAACUGAGAAAACAGAAAUGUUUUCACCUGUUGAAACACUACCAGAAAUGUUACAAGCAGCGGUUUAUGAACAAAUACUGGAGGAGACUGAAUACGAGAUAAGCUUGGAAGAACCACUAGAAACGAGUGGCGAUGAGUUAUUCUUUGAUGAGGCUGUACCACCAAACCGAGCAGUUGUAUUAGAUGUUCUCAUACCGCACGAUUCUAUAAGCAUUGAUGAGACAAGCAUAAGUGUCGAAGAAGCUCCAAAAGCACACUCAAUACCAAGUGUAAUUGAAAUUUCAUUGCGUGAAGUUUCAUUAGCAUCAGUCUCAGAAGUCAAUGUCAUAGAAGUGAAAACCAUCCAAAAAGAAUCAGUUGAUAUAAACAAAGAAACAAUGAACACUAACGGCACAAAAAACAGAAAUCUCCUCAAGCAAAGAGCAAGAAAGCAGCAAAGCUACACCAAUAAAGGAGCAGCCGAGUGAAGUGGGUGUGGCAGUUUCCGAAACGCCGGUGGAGGUGGAGACGGCUGAGG